AUGUCAAAGAAGAAGAAGAAGGCCGCCCCCACUGACCCCCCGCCUGCACCGCCUGCACCGCCACACGCCCACCCCUAUCACCCCUACAACCUCCGCCCGCGCGCGCCGACCCGCGGUGCCCCCGGGGUGGACUUUGCCCGUCUCGCGUGGGGCGUCUACGAGGAGCGCCUGGAGCACGAGAUCGUCAUCAAGCUCCAGGGACUUAAAGGCGGAAAUAUCUACCACGACCGUAUCCGCGUCGAGCCGGGCGAGACGGCGUGGCAUGUCAAGCGAUACCUGUCCACGUACUGCGGCUACGAUAUGGCCGCCCUCCGCGUCGUGUUUGACGGGCGCGUCUUGUCCGACCUGACGACCUUUGCGGCGCUCGGCACGCUCGAGGGGGACGUGUUUGACGUGUCGUUGGUUUCGAGUGGCGUUGGUGUGCAAGGCGGCGCGGGUGCUGGGGUGGAUGGCGACCCGAUUGUCGUGGAGUAG